AUAUUUUCAGAUCAUCACCACUGUAAUGGCGUCAAUGAAACUCUUCGUUCAUAUUCUCCGUCGAUACAUCUCCAUCGCAAUAACUCUCUUCUAUAGCCUCAUUUGGUGUUUAUUCGACAAUUUCGAUUACCCGAUCCUGAUCAAGCUCGCCGAUACGUUCUUAUCUUUAUAUUUCCUAAUCUUCUGCGAUCUCCGUCCAAUCACCGUCGAUUUAAACGAUGGAGAAACCACAUUACAUUUCUGGAUCUCCGGCCACCGUAAAAUCAACCGCCCAAACCUCCUCAUGCUACACGGUUACGGAGGAAAUUCGAAAUGGCAAUUUAUUCAUCAAGUUUCAGAUCUAUCGAAAUCGUUUAAUCUCUUUAUCCCCGAUCUCGUAUUCUUCGGGAAAUCGUACUCGAAAAACACCGAUCGGAGCGUUGAGUUUCAGGCGAGGAGUAUCGUCGGAGGUUUGAAGAGGUUAGGCUGUGGUGUCGGAGAUUUAUCGGUUUACUCUAUUAGUUACGGAGGAUUCGUAGCGUAUCGGAUAGCGAAGAUUUGGCCGGAGAUGAUUGAGAAAUUGGUGAUUGUGAGUAGUGGAGUUGGGUUUACGCAACAGCAAAAGAUGACGGAGAUGAAAAAACACGGCGGAGAUGUAUCGGAGAUUCUUGUUCCGAGUAAUCCGAGAGAUCUCCGGUUGUUAGUUAAAGUUUCGAUGAAUACAGGUAUCAGAUUUAUUGACUGGGUUCCAGAUUUCAUCCUCUCCCAAUUCAUCGCUGUGAUGUAUGAGACAAAUCGGCAAGAACUUGUUGAUUUAGCUAAGAAUUUGCUGGAAAGAGAAGAGGAGCCAGAGUUCUUUGCAAUAUCACAGAAAACGUUAAUCGUUUGGGGUGAUAAGGAUAAUGUGUUUCCCUUGGAGCAUGGACGGCGUCUACAAAGGCAUUUACCAAAUUCGAGUUUAGAGGUAUUGAAGGAAAUUGGACAUGGUGUGAACAUUGAAGCACCAACUACUCUUAACAAUUUGAUUAUCUCGUUUGUUUUAGAAAAAGACACUAGUCAUGAGUCAUGCAUGACUGCUUGUCAAACUACCUCCGAGGACCUUAACCAGUUGCCGUACAUUGGAUCGUCUUGGGGCUGGGUGGUUCAUAUGAACAAGGAAGAAGACUCAACCAUACGUCUCACCAACAUGUUCCACCCCAACAAAGGCGACAUCUAUCUGCCUCCGCUUCACCCUCCUCUCAAUAGUCAAUCCUGCGGUCGACAUCUAGUUAACUUAUCUCAAUCCUUGUUUUCCUUUGCCCGUAAGGUUUUUGUGUCAAAGCAAGCAAGUACCGCGGCCUCAGACCCAAACUCUAUCUACUUCAUUGACCACCAUCGUGCUUAUCGCUAUCCGCAGAACAAGAUCAAUCAAGAUUUGAGUUUGAUGGAAUCAAGAAUGGAAGGAGAUGUGUAUUCUGGAUUUGGAGAGAGAUACCAAAUGGAUGGUAAAUUGUUGCAGAAUUUCCAGAAGAGCUUUGUUCAAGUUCAAGACAUUCUUGAUCAAAACCGGCUUUUGAUCAACGAGAUCAAUCAGAACCACGAGUCCAAACAAGCGGAUCACUUGGGAAGAAAUGUGGGUUUGAUUAGAGAGCUCAAUAACAAUAUCAGAACAGUGGCAAGUCUUUAUGGAGAUCUCUCUCAUUCUUUCGCUAGAUCGAUCGAUGCUUCAUCGGAAGGAGAAUCUACCGGGACAUUGAAAUCUGAUGGUAAGGCCAACAACCAGAAGAGAUUUAGAUCCGGGUAAUAUAACCAAUCUUGAUUUUGUAGAUUCAAAGCUAAUUUGAUUGUGGAUUAUGGAGUGUGUCAUGUUGUUGUUGUUGGUGUGGAACAGUAUGACAUUAAUAUUGUGUUUUUCUUAAGGGUCUUCAAUAGUUUUGCUUAUGCAAUUUCUGUUGAAAUGUUAUCUACAUAAUGUUUAUGUCUUUGAUUCUGAGAUAAUAAAAGAAGUUUUUCUUU